CGUCCAAAGACCGUGACCAAUGCCAUACGUAACCAGGUGAUAGUGGAAUUAUUUAUGUGAGAGCUGAACACGGGAGAGCCGCCCUCAACCGCCACUACAUAGGAAUAUACCUGACACAGCGGCCAUAUCACGUUAAUUUUUGAGUCUCCCCUGAAUAACUCCCGGAAUUAACGCAAUGGAGGUCAAUCUUCGUGUGUUUCUGGCCGCCCUUCUGUUUCUGGCUGGCAUCCACGCUCGCUCGGCUCCAGAAAACAACAUGGAAGUGAUCAAAUUAUGCGAAACAUUGGAACCCGAAUGUGUCAGGAAACUGGACAUCUGCGCUGCUAUUAUGACGCCUGAAAAGAAAAUGGAGGACAAGCUUCGGCUCACCGCUUUGACUUGCUUGCUCGACGUCACCGGAAUAGAUAUCAAGAAAGCUGCAUCUCUUCCUCGCAUGGGUGACCUGCCUAAAGGACCUCUGAAGGCUAUAAAAUCUUGCGUCAGUAAAGUGAUGAUGGAGUUUUUGACGGCUGCGACGGCGAAGGAGGAGGAGGGCGUGCGGAAUGCGCUACUGAAUUCCUUCGAGAAAUGCGAUAUGAUUGGAAUGAGGAGCUGUAUGUUGAACGAAUGCAUGGAAGCGCUCCCUGACGCGGCUAACGAACAGCUUGAGUAGAUUGACUCGUCUAUUUUGCACUGAAGUAUAUAUAUAUAUAUGUAUGUGUAUUUAUAUAUAUACAAGAGAAGAAAUUGCUAUCACCGUUAGCUAUGGAAUACCCAACCUUACUGCACAAUAUGCAAUUGUUUGCAGGCACGUCUUACUCAGUUUAAUGUUUGUCAUUCAAAUUACAUCACCUGCCGCAAAACAUUUUCAUUCUUCUCUCUCCCUCUUUCUUAUUUCCAUUCUCCCUCUUUCUUUCUCUCUCUUUCUCUCUUUUUCUCUCUUUCUCUCUCUCUCUCUCUCUUUCUCUCUCUUUAUCUCUC